AAGACGAGAGACUGAAAGACAUGUUUUUUUUUUUUUUUACAGUGAGUUGUGUUUUGUUUCAAUACUACUUUACAUACAUCUACAUUGAAGUUGAAAGCUGUGUAGAUACUAUGAGUUACAUUCAGUUUAGCUUAAAGAAAAGACUGUUCAAGUUUUAUUCAUGUUGUACAUUAAGAAUUAAAUACACCUCAAACGGUUGAGUUGUUUGAAGCUGCAACCCAACCACCGGGUAUCAACACAGCAUUCAUUGUUAAGUCGGCGCUGUUUCGAAGAUUUGCAUGGAAGACACAGAUAUGAUGAAAAAACAAACAAUGUAAGCUACAAUGACCUGAUAUCUAGCGUAGAAUCAUAAAGCUGUGGAACGUUGUAGCCUACAAAAAAAACAACAAAAAAACAAAACAGGGGCCUCUUUUAUCUUCACUUCAAGGGAUUUCUUGACGCUAAUAAAAUAUUGCAAUUCAAUGUUACCUUAGGACUUUGACAUCUUCACAUGAUACUUCAGUGCUUCUACUGUUCCAGAAGAAAGUAUGUCCAGAUCCUCUUUAGCCGAGUUCACCUUCGUAUGUAAGCCUAGUCUCACUCAGUGCUUCUAUGUCUAUGUGGUAUCGGUGGAGCUCCCUGGCUACUAGUGCAGUCUUCUUGUCUUUCAGAUGUGUCAUGAUGAAGUAGAGUGCGUACAUUCCAUGGGCCUAUGGUUUAUAAGGUAAUCUUGAACACAUAUCACAGAUGGAUCUAUUAAUCAGAAUGGCUAAGUGAAUUGAAAUCAUGAUACUGUAUUUACUUAAAGAUACAGUUCAAGCAAUAUAUAAUAGACACAUCUAGAUUUCACUCUUGCCAAAUAUGUUGAAGCGAACAUUUUAUAAAAACAAUUCAUGGAAAGUAGCGUUUGUAACCUUGAGUAUUUUCGCUUUGCUGUCACUGUAUUAUCAACCCCCGACACAGUUCGUUCUAAGGGAUGCCCUCCCCAGACGUGACUUUAUCCAAAAGCUAUUUGCUCCAUCAGACGCAGGAGGCUGUAGAGUGAACUACAGCAUCCCGGAAGUAGAUACAUUUAUACGAGAGUAUCAGGGAAAAUCAAAUCUGUUGGACUCUGUGUUUAAAGUUGAUGAACAGGAGCCAUAUUUGAGUUUUUUGGCCAAACUAAACAAAUGGAAAAGAAAAGGAAAACUAAUGAAAGAGUUUGUAAAGAAUAACAACACGUGGGCCUGGGAAAUAUUUCACCAGCAGAUCAAUCAGUACUUCCUGUAUGACCCAGAAGAUACCAGCUACUAUGAGCAACUGUUAAAAGAUUUAAGUCAAAGAAAAAUUACUUUUACAGAUAUUAACCCCUUCAGUUCUCAUCUUGUUCUGACUGUUCACUUCGACAAUGGGAUGAAAGGUGUCUACAAGUUUAUGAGAACCCCAAGGGACCAUGAAGUAUUGCCGAAUCAUUUUUUCUUCAGUGACAUAGAACGAGCCCACUCAGAGAUAGCUUCAUUUCACCUGGACAAAGUGCUGGGAUUCCAUCGUGUGCCGCCAACAGUUGGGAGAGUGCUCAACAUAACAGAAGACAUUGGGAAAGUUGGAGUAGAUCUACUCACCAACACACUCCAUAAGUCGCCAGCUGGGAAUCUGUGCUUUUUCGGAAAGUGUAAAGAUUACUGCAAAGUAGAUUUCUCCAUAUGUGGGACACCAGACACAGUUGAAGGGUCGAUGUCUGUUUUUCUUCCUCGUCGAGGCUUUAACCAAUCGAUUUAUUGGAUCCAGUCGCCAUGGCUACGAACGUACCAUUUUUCAAUAAAGGCUAAAUGGGAGAAAGACGAGCAGUUCUGUGAGACGGACGUGAAAACAAGGGAAGACUUUAAGGGACGAAGAGUUCUUGACUUCACUGAUGUCGGCGUGUUUGAUUUUCUAAUCGGAAACUUGGACCGCCAUCAUGUAGAAUUAUUCGAACAUUUUGGAAACGACACGUCAUUGAUACAUUUGGACAACGGCAGAGGGUUUGGUAAAUCAAAAUACGACUGCAUGUCUUGUAUGUCUCCUGUGCGCCAAUGCUGUAUGAUUCGUCUGUCCACUUUGGCUAAACUUGUCAAGCUUUACAUCGGACCGGACAGUCUAAGUCACGUGCUCAGAAAGUCCCUCGAAGCUGACCCUUUGUCUCCAAUACUUUGGGAACCUCACCUGGACUCAGUGGACCGUCGUGUCGGUCAAAUUUUAAAGGUUAUUAGUGAGUGCAUCACCAAGAAGGGCAAACCUUGGCAAGAAGUUAUCAUUGAUGACGGUUUUUAUUAAAUUAAAAGACGGCCGCUGACUAAGUUCUGUCGAUUCAAUUGAAGCCAGCUUGACCAGAUCCACGACACAUUUUUCGGGUGGCGUUUGCUAAACACUUUAAAAAUUCUCCUGUUUCAUAAGGAGCACUAGUGACAAUAUUUUAUAACAGUUUUAUUCAUUCAUGCUAGUGUUGAAUACUUUUAUUGUCAUUGUAAAUAAAAAUAGUUUCUUGUUAUGUCAACAUCCAUUACAACAUUUCCUUUUUUAUCUAUAGAUAGAUUGUUCUGUAUUUGGUGUGGAUUUUACAACUGCUUGUAUUAAUAGACGAAUGCAUUUUUGGCUCUUCGCUUUAAUAAUUGAUACAUGACUCGUGUUCAACUUGUUUUCUAAAUAUGAAGGCCAAUCAUCAUAAUCAUCGGAAUGAAUGCGUAACAUUAUUUUGUAUUGGGAAUAAAAUUCCUGGAUAAAAGGUUCUUAGCACAUACAUAUUGCUAUAACUUAGCAAUUAACCUCAACGAAAGUGAUAUAAAACAGAACGUUUAAUAAUCAAUUAUAAAGUACAUCCAGAGCCAAACUUAGAAUCACAUCUCAGGCCUUCUUGUUUACAUCGCUAAUCAUCGGCCAUCUUCCUUCCUCUGUUCUCUAUCGUGUCCUCUGGUACACAAUGUCGCGCCAAAUGACAGUGCGUAAUGUAAAGUCAUAACAAUAUAAAGGCAGUUAUAUUUUGUAAAUAGUUUCUUUGGAUGUGAAAUUAAAUUUAAAUUGUAAUGUAAAGUUGUAUGAUGCUUACAUUUUUUAUUAACUUUUUUUUCGUUCAAAAUUGAUCAAGUAAAAAUACAUUGAUACUUAUUGAAA